AUGAGGGUUGCCAGACGACACACCCCCAGGACAGCCCCUACCGCCCAACACCCCCAGGACACACCCCCAGGACACACCCUCAGGACAGCCCCUACCGCCCAACACCUCCAGGACACACCCCCAGGACAGCCCCUACCGCCCUACACCUCUAGGACACACCCCCAACACCCCCAGGACACACUCCUAGGGACAGCCCCUACCGCCCAACACCCCCAAGACAGCCCCCACCACCCAAACCACCAGGACAGCCCCCAGGACACUCCCCCAGGACAGCCCACAGGACACACCCCAAGGUCAGCCCCAGGACACGCCCCCAGGACACGCCCCCAGGACAGCCCCCAGGACACGCCCCAGGACACGCCCCCAGGACAGCCCUCAGGACACGCCCCCAGUACAGCCCCCAGGACACGCCCCCCAGGACAGCCCCAAGGACACGCCCCCAGGACACGCACCCACAGGACAGCCCCCAGGACACACCCGCAGGAAAUGAAAAUGCACACUUGGCUGUCAUUUCAGCUGCUUGACGUGGUUGCGUGUUAG